AAAAACCAGGGGAGAUCGUGGGAAAAGAGCCUCUUUUAGUAGGCCAAGGAAAUGCUCUCAAUUAUAAGAUCGACCAGAAACAAUCAGACCAGCAAAAAUCCGGAGAAUGAUCCCGGACGACCCUCAAACAAUGACCAUGUUUCCUGUAGAUCAAUCAGAUAACUCUGAGCCCGGGAAGAAAGAAGCAGUGACAAUUUCGUUCUUUUCGGGUAUGAUUAAACGUGCAUGCAUUGAUCCCAAAAAUACCAUCCGGGGAGAGGAAGUACAGAGAGAGCCCAGGUUGCGAAUCGCGGGAAAGACCCAAAGAGCGCACUGUUUGAGCCGCAACCACUCGGAGGUCCACAGUUACGGCCUUGGUUCUCGCCCUCAAUCGAACUGUGACAAUUCACGAACCAGCAUCCACCAUUCUGACCGGCGAUGCCCUCCUCCGGAGCAAAUUGAUGACAUUCGUUUAAACUUUUCACACUUGGGAUCAAACGAACUUUGUAGCAAGACACACACAGAGAUGUCAGAAAAGCCAAGGCGAAAUAACCAUAAAUUUCUCCAAGGGUGGUUGCAUGACAUGUCUGUGCGAAAUGAUGUGCCGAAACGAAGAUCUGUUUAGAGUUGCGAUUAGAUAUUGUUUCGAGGCGCUGGGCGAGUCAGAACUCGGUCAAUGCACGUGAGAGCGAAGAAACAAGAUUUUUUAAGCUGAAAGACAU